AUGGGUGUCCCCGCGCUGUUCCGAUGGCUUUCCAACAAGUACCCAAAAAUCAUCUCCUCGGUGAUCGAGGAACUACCGCAGGAGGUGAAUGGUGAAGAAAUCCCGGUCGACACUACGCGCCCGAACCCCAACGGAGAAGAGAUGGACAACUUGUAUCUGGACAUGAACGGUAUUGUGCAUCCUUGCACUCAUCCCGAAGGUCGACCGCCGCCAGCAAACGAGCAGGAGAUGAUGUUGGAGAUCUUCAAGUAUACCGAUCGAGUUGUCAACAUGGUCCGUCCUAGGAAACUCCUUAUGAUUGCUAUCGAUGGUGUUGCUCCGAGAGCGAAGAUGAACCAGCAGCGUUCCCGUCGAUUCCGAUCCGCACAAGAGGCCCAGGAGAAUGAUGAGAAGAAGGAGGAGCUCCAGAAGCUUCUCGCGAAGCAGCGCGCCGCGAGAGGUGAGGACGCUGUCAUGCAGGAACAAGUCGUGCACAAGACCUGGGACAGCAACGUCAUCACCCCCGGUACUCCCUUCAUGGAUAUUCUUGCUGCGUCUCUACGUUAUUGGAUUGCCUACAAACUGAACACUGACCCUGCUUGGGAGAAGAUGAAAAUCAUUAUCUCGGACGCGACAGUGCCAGGAGAGGGUGAGCAUAAGAUUAUGGAAUUUGUUCGGUCACAAAGAGCAUCGCCGGAGCAUGAUCCCAACACCCGUCACGUCAUUUAUGGUCUUGAUGCUGAUCUUAUCAUGCUUGGACUCGGAACUCACGAACCCCAUUUCCGAGUUCUGCGUGAGGAUGUUUUCUUCCAAGAAUCAAAGCCUCGGGGCUGUAAACUGUGUGGUCAGCCUGGCCAUAAGGCUGAAGAGUGUACUGGUCGUGCGAAGGAGAAGAGCGGAGAAUUCGAUGAAAAGCAAAACGCAGUUCCACUCAAACCCUUCAUUUGGUUACACGUUUCGGUUCUGAGAGAAUAUUUGGCCGCUGAAUUGCAAGUCCCUCAGCAACCAUUCCCCUUCGAUCUCGAGCGAGCUUUGGACGAUUGGGUCUUCAUGUGUUUCUUUGUUGGGAACGAUUUCUUACCUCAUCUUCCUGCGCUAGAUGUCCGUGAAAACGGCAUUGAUACCCUCAUCGCUAUCUGGCGUGAUAAUAUUCCUGCUAUGGGAGGCUAUCUGACGGAGGAUGGACAGGUCAAUUUCUCCAGAGCUCAACUCAUUUUGCAAGGCGUCGCCAAACAAGAAGAUGCAAUCUUCCGGCGCCGUAGACAGGGCGAGGAGAGAAAGGCGGCGAACCAGAAGAGACGUGAGGAACAGGAGAGAGCUCGGAAUAGUGAACACGCCAGCAAGCGAAGACGCAGUUCCCCGAAUUAUGGUAACCCAGCACACCACAAUGCUCAAGGUGGCGAUGACAAUGCUCCGCCUCAAGGAUUGGAACUGAUCACCCCGGGCCGGGGCCACUUAGACAAGGAGACCAGAGAGCUGACUCACACCAUGGUCGUGAACCGGGGUGCUGUGUACCGUGCUAAUAUGGAGAACAAGAGUGCCGCCGCUGUGCUUAAAAGUAAACUGAUGAGGGGCCCGCAGGCUGAACCGGCCGCCGAGGCGCCAGUCUCGGCGGAGAGUGAGGAGGCCUUGACAGAUGCUGCUGACUCGCCUGCUGUUCUUGGAAAGAGAAAGGCCGACGGAGAAGUCGAAAAGAAAGAAGAUGAUGAAACCGGAACUCCUGGAAGAGACUCGCCUCCUCCCCCACCCGUCAAGCCCAAGGAGAACGAGGAGCCUCAGGACAGCGUUCGACUUUGGGAGCCUGGUUAUGCUGAUCGUUACUACGAGCAGAAAUUCGGUGUUGAUCCCGAAGACCACGAGUUCCGCCACAAGGUUGCACGUGCUUAUGCUGAGGGUCUCGCCUGGGUACUACUCUAUUAUUUCCAGGGGUGUCCUUCCUGGACUUGGUAUUACCCAUACCACUAUGCUCCGUUUGCUGCGGACUUUGUUGACAUUGGUGACAUUGUGCUGGAGUUCAGCAAAGGCCAAGCAUUCAAGCCAUUUGAGCAGCUGAUGGGAGUCUUGCCAGCAGCCUCUAACCACGCAUUGCCUGAAGUGUUCCACGACCUCAUGAGCAAUCCGGAAAGCGAAAUUAUUGAUUUUUACCCCGAGGAUUUCCCCGUGGACCUUAAUGGCAAGAAAUUCGCGUGGCAGGGCGUGGUCCUGCUUCCUUUCAUAGACGAGAAGCGUCUUUUGGCUGCUAUGGAGAAGAAGUAUCCUCUCCUCACUGAAGAAGAACGGGUUCGCAACACCCAUGGUCAGGAGGUGUUACUACUAUCCGAUCAGAAUCCUCUUUACCAAGACCUUGUCGCCAACUUCUACUCCAAGAAACCCGGUCCGCCUCAACACAAGUUAAACAUGCGUGUGAGCGAUGGCUUGGCUGGAAUAGUCGAACGUAGCGACACGUAUAUCCCCCAUGGCUCCCUGGUCUCCAACCUAGAGGACUACGGCAUGCCUAGUCUCGAUGAUGACCGCACCCUCACGGUUAAUUACACUAUUCCCAAGUCCUCUCACUUGCACAAGUCCAUGCUACUACGAGGCGUGAAGUUCUCAACGCCUAUGCUGAACUCAGCCGAUGUUCGUGCAGUCAAGGGCCGCGCUCAGCAUUCGGGCCGCCAAUUCGGAGGUGCUCCAUUGCAAGGCCGAGGCCGAGGUGGCCGUAUGGACUACGGUGGAGGUCGUCCUAACCCUUUCGCGGCGCAUCUUGACCCUCGCUUCAUGAAUGGGGGUCAAGGUGGUCAAGGUGGUCCACAGGGUGGUCAACAAGGUGGAAUGCCAAUGAUGGCUCCCGGCUGGGUACCCCCACAACAGGGCGCUGGUGACUACUCCCGAGGUCCACCCCCACCCCCUCAUGGUGGGAUGUCCCACCAGUAUCCCCCUAGAGACUACCAGGGUCAUCAGAGCCAGGGUCAGUAUGGCGGACAUCACAACUACGGAUCUCACGACAACCGGGGCAGAGGCGGCGGUGGCUACCGCGGAGGUAGGUCACGAGGUCAAAACCAAGGGUACUCUGGAUACCGAGGAAACCGUGGUGGCGGUGGUGGUGGAGGUGGAGGUGGAGGCUAUGGACGUUACUAG